UCAGUGUCAUAUGUAUGUAUAUAUGUGUGUAUAUAUAUAUACAUUGUGUAGUUGUGGGAGCAGUAAUACAUGAAGAUAACACAAUGUUACAGGUAGACAGAAGCGUGCGUUGUGAUUAUUAUCAGAGUGAAGUGUGUCUGUUGUUGUUGUUGUUGUUGUCGUGUUGCAGAUGCCGUCCUGUGGCUGUUUGCUGUUUCCCUUCAUGAUGUUCUUCAUGUUGCUUCACUGCGAUGGACAGGGAUCUCCACGGCAGCGGCGCGUAGUCCGACCCGCCUCUUGGGCUCCGGUGAGUCUGCGCUCUCCACCCAGGGGGGCGCUGAAGGCGAAGCUGUUCCGGCUGGAGGAUCCGAGAGUGACGGAGAAGGAGGUGAUGCAGCCAAAGAGGAGGAGGAGCUUCUCUGGGACCAACGCCCCACUGGACCGCAUCUCGGCGGGGGCCAUGGAAACCCAGCAGGGAGGGGCCAAGCAGAGAAAGGCAGCGGAGCCGCGGCGGCGAGUCAGUCCGCCUCCCGUCGACCGGAUCGGAAUCAGUCGCCUCCCGAGCAGGAGAGGGUGACCACGCCCCCUGCCUGUGGCAGCCCCGCCCCCACCAGCGCUCAGGCGUUGUUGGCUCCGCCCCCCUCCAUCACCCACCAAGCCGACCGUCUCGACUCUUUGGACUUAUUGAUCCGGCAGGACGUCCCGCCGAGAGACGUCUCCACGGCAACUGCAUCGCAUUUACGACAACGUCCGAAUCACAAGAAGCUGGGCGACGUUUUUAGGCUUUGAGGCCCUCUAGCGGCCGUUAGAAGAAGCGCAUCUUGGAAAUGACAGAGAAAGGAAGACAUUUCCGGGGUCAGAGGUUCCUCACUGGUUCCUCACUGGUUCCUCACCGCACGACGUGAACCAUUAAACACGGUUUGAAUCCUGGGUCUAGACGUCUGGUCCAGUUUCACCAGCUUCCCUGUGUGCUAAUUAUGCUCAAUAAAAAUGAAAUGAUCUGCA